UGGUCCGAGUCGGACUGCGUUUCCUUAAAGAGGAUGAGGGCAUUUUGCUGAGGCAUCGUAACUCUCCAUAUAUACUCUAUUAGAUUUUUCCCUGUGCGGCUUUGGCAGCGUCUCCUCGUCUUCGUCUUCAUCGUCCCCUCGGCAGGUUGUGAACCAGAAAAUCCACCAGAAUGUCUGAGAAAAAGAUGACUUCCAGCCGCAGGCAUCACCUGAAGAGUGUGAUCCUGCAGAUCGCUCUGAACUGGAUCGAGCAGGAGAAGAAGGAAAUCACAGCGGCGAAGGAAGCCUACAUGGCAGAACAUUGUUCCGAGCCGGACACGAGUGGCGAUCAGGCUGCGCUGAUGGAUGUCUGCAAGCAGCUCCACGCCCUCAUUGACAAGUUGGACGAGGAGCGCUACGACGCCGAGGCCAAAGUGCAGAAGGCCGACAAAGAGAUUGAAGAACUGAAGAUCAAAGUGGUGGAUCUGAGAGGCGUGAAGAAACCAGCACUGAAGAAGGUGCGAAUGUCAGCUGACUCCAUGCUGAAGGCGCUGCUGGGGUCCAAGCACACGGUCAACAUGGACCUCAGGUCCAACCUCAAGCAGGUCAAGAAGGAGGUCAAAGAGGAGCCGACGGAAGCGGUGGGCGACUGGCGUAAGAACAUCGAGGACAAGGCUGACAGAAAGAAGAUGUUCGAGAGUUCUUAAACGCAUCACGAGUCUUUCUGCUUUUAUGAACUCAAACAGGAUGUUUUUUUUUGUUUUUGUUUCAUUAAAGUGGCACAGCGCUAGCAGCAGGUUAGCGUGUGGGUGGCCUUUGUGUUGUUUUGGGGUAUUUUUGCACUUUGUCUGGACAGAUGGGAGGAGCGACGCCAUUUUCUGCAGGUUCACACAUUAACACACAAACGCAACGUCUUAAAUUCCACACAGUCUUAAAAAACAUUCAAACAAGCAAACUGUGACAAACAAUAAAGUUAGUGUUGAAGAAAAUCAGUGA